UAAAACCAAUUCAAAAAGUCUUUUCUUACCUUACCAAAUUCCUAAUCUGUCUCCACUCUCCUUCUCCGCCACCCCAAAUACCGAUCCCCAAUUUCAGAAAACCCCCAAUUCAGAUCUAAAUCUAGGGUUAGGGUUAGGGAUUUUUCACCGCAAUCGAGCCAGCGAGAAUGGGGAGAGGCGGAGCUUUGUCAGAGAGCGUUGUGAAGAAGGUGCUUCUCUCCUACGCCUAUGUAGGGAUCUGGAUCUUCCUCAGCUUCACCGUUAUCGUCUACAAUAAGUACAUCUUGGACCGUAAGAUGUACAAUUGGCCUUUCCCGAUCUCUCUAACCAUGAUCCACAUGGCCUUCUGCUCCUCCAUAGCUUACCUCCUUGUCCGCGUCUUCAAGCUCGUCGAGCCAGUUUCAAUGUCCCGGGAGCUGUAUAUUCAGUCAGUCGUCCCGAUUGGUCUUCUCUAUUCCCUUUCUCUUUGGUUUUCUAAUUCUGCUUAUAUUUUUCUCUCUGUUUCGUUUAUUCAAAUGCUUAAGGCUCUCAUGCCUGUCGCUGUUUACUCCAUUGGGGUUCUGUUCAAGAAAGACGCUUUCAAAUCGGAAACUAUGUUGAACAUGGUUUCGAUCUCGAUCGGAGUCGCCAUCGCUGCUUAUGGUGAAGCGAAAUUCGAUACAUGGGGGGUAAUGUUGCAGUUGUUGGCUGUUGCUUUUGAGGCCACCCGAUUGGUUUUGAUUCAGAUUCUGUUGAAUGCGAAGGGAAUUAGUUUGAACCCUAUUACUUCGCUUUACUAUGUGGCCCCUUGUUGCUUUGUGUUCCUGUGUAUUCCUUGGGUGGUCGUUGAAUACCCAUUGUUGAGAGACACAUCCAGUUUUCAUUUGGAUUUUGCCAUUUUUGGGACGAAUUCUUUAUGCGCUUUUGCCUUGAAUCUGGCUGUCUUCUUGCUUGUUGGAAAGACUUCGGCUUUGACUAUGAAUGUUGCUGGAGUUGUGAAAGAUUGGCUCUUGAUUGCUUUCUCUUGGUCUGUGAUUAAGGAUACCGUGACACCCAUCAAUUUGAUUGGGUAUGGAUUGGCUUUCUUGGGCGUUGCAUAUUACAACCAUUCAAAGUUGCAGGGUCUCAAGGCAGCAGAGGCUCAGAAGAAGAUUCAGCAGGCGGAUGAAGAAGCUGGGAGGUUGCUGGAGGAGAGAGAAGCUGAUGUCAGUGGAAGGAAGAACGAAGCCCAGAAUUGAUCUAAUUGAAAUAAAAGAUUAGGUAGAAGAUAAUCUGCGGAUGAGAAAAGGGAAAUCUAUGCUUUGGAUCUUGGCAUUUAUCGUCUUGAUUUCCAGGUUUCCUUCGAAUAUGUGGUCUUAGGUAUUUAUGAUAUAUAUUUUUUUUCAUUUUUGUCCUAUCGUUUCAUUGUUAAAUUUAGAUAUGGUGAUCCUCCUACGGUCCGAAGUUGAUUUGUGUCGCUCGUAGUGGCCAUUUAUCUCUGGGGACAAGCCUGAAUACUUUGACUAGCGAUGUCAUCAUAAUAGAGUACGGUUGCAUAUGUACUUCUGCUGAUGAUAUAUUUAUAUCGAUUUCCCUUCAUUAUAUAAGUGAUUUGUUGUUGUGUCAUGUAAGUUUAAUUUUAGGCUGAGAAGACGAUGUAUUUGUUCUGUUUUUUCACUUGAUUUUAUGUGUUCCAAAGCUUCGAAGUAGUAGAGGUUAUUGAAGAUCUAAGAAACAACAAAACUCGACCCAGGUGGCUAUCUCAUGCAGUUGGGUGUGUUUUUUGUGAGCAAGGGAUUUGGUUCGAACCUUCGUCCGGGUCUAAUUAAAGGCGAACUCUUUCAUAUCAAAUAAAAAAAGAACAAAGUAGCAUUGAGCUUAUGUUAGGCUCUCAAUAAUGUUCUUGAACUAUAAUAGUUUUUUCUAAGUGGAUUAUUCUUCUA